AUGAUGAUCAAUGAAAACGGCUCAACGACAGAAAGUAUCAUCAUUAAUUGCCUUAAUAGCUCGGAUGCGUUGGUGAUUAUCGAUAAUCAAUUAAGCAACAACAUGACAUGCCCAACGAUAUCCUUUCCCGCCUCGACAAACCUCUUGGACCUUUGCAAUCUCGUGGAAGUGCAACAAAUUCCCUCAAAUCCGCUUCAAACGCAACCCGAAAUCCAUCAUCCGAUCAACGUGAUGACUCCAGCGCCUUCGAUCACGUCAGGAACGUCCCUCAACUCCCCCGACUCGUCGUCGUCAUCUUCAUCCUCGAGCCUCAUGAACAAGACAAUCGACCUUGAUGACAUGGAAAAUGCCUGUGACGACGAUUACGAGUCCGAAUCCGAACUCACAAACCUCAAUUGGCUCACGGAAUUGAAAAAUAUCACGAAUCUCAGUCCGCCGGAUUUGCCGGUAACGGAUCAACCAACGACGAGAUUUAAUAAGUUCAUGUCGUCAGUGAGAAAGAGUCACGAAAAUUACGAGAAACGACGAAUUAUGUAUGCGACUUGCUGCAAUGAGAAACCUCCCUUUAAUUAUGCGCAGAUAAUUGCGAUGGCGAUGUUGGAACACGGCAGAAUGACGCUACAAGGCAUCUGUAAGUGGAUACAGGAGCGUUUUGCGUACUAUAAAACACACAAAAAUUGGAAUAACUCGAUUCGACAUAAUUUAUCAUUAAACUUCUUCUUCACCAAAGUAGCACGUGGCAAAAACGAAAAAGGCAAAGGCGGAUAUUGGGAACUUGCCAUGGACACAAGCAAAAGUCAUCGGAAACGCUUACGACGCAACCGAAGCAGCAAAUUCAAAACCUCCGCGCGUCAAAUCCGCAAAUCCGAAGAAAAACCAAAAUCUGUGCCAGACAUCGAAUUGCCAAAAAGUAUCUCAGUGAGUGACGAGGAAAUGCUCCUAAACGACAUUGCAGCGAACAUCAGCAACAACAACAACAACAACAACGUCGUCGAAGAACAGGAAAUCGUUACGGAAUUUGAAGUAACGACAAUUCCCUCGAACGAAAUUUACUUCGCCGACGAGAUCCCGCAAUGCAUCACAGAUGACAUCGUUUUAUCCUCGAGCAGUUCUGGAGGCGCGACAGAUGGUCCGAGUGUCAUUGUCGAGUACUUGCCAACGAUGGAUACGUUCGAUGAGAACGAGUUGAAUGGCUUGAUCAACUUGAACGAGCAGGAACUUAUCGAUCGUUUUCUGAAUUGCGGCGAUGAUCAUGAAAUAUUUGUAAAUUAG